CGAAUUCAUAUGGGAGGAUCUUGCUGUAAAGAUGAAAAUUUAGAAACUAACAAAGAAAUUAGAAAUGCCCCCAAUAAACCAAUAUUCUCACAUGCUGAAAACAUGCCGCCAAGAAGCCCAUAAACUAAGUCUAAUCAAGAAAUCAGAACCCACCUUUUGCAACCAACAAUCUCAAUUCAAAAUCAACAAGUUCAAAUUCCUGUUAUUCACAAUGGAUUAGUCAAAGAAAUGCUUGGGAAAUUAGGAGAAUACCAAAUUCCAUAAUCCAUUACAAAUGAAGGUUUAGAUGUUACACCUCCUAUUUAAUUUGAUGAUGGUUCUGUCUAUGUUGGGGGCUUAAAAAAUGACUUGUUUCAAGGGUAUGGAGAAAUCUAUUGGGAUGAUGGAACCUACUACUGUGGGCUUUUUAAUAAAGGAGCAAAAUCUGGACAUGGUAGAUUGAUAUAUACUGAUGGAGAUGCAUAUGUAUAAAAACUAAAUUUAAUAAGGAAGGCGAGUGGUUGGAUGACAGACAACACGGAAGAGGAAAAUAUUGGUACUCAGAUGGAGGUAUCUAUGAGGGAAGGUUCCUUAAUGAUUUAAAAGUAAUUUGACUUACUCUUAUUCCUUUUUAGCAUGGUUUUGGCAAAGAAAUUUUAGCUAAUGGAGAAACAUAUGAAGGAGAUUUCUACAAUGGAACAAGACAUGGAAAAGGAAAAUUGAUUAUGGCUGAUGUUGUCUUUGAGGGUCAAUUCGAAAAUGGAUUAAUGGUUGAUGGAGAAUAUAGAUGGAAUGAUGGAAGAAGAUAUAAAGGUUAAAUCAAAGGAACUAAAAUACAUGGCCAUGGUGAAUUUUGGUUUCCUGAUGGAAGAUACUACAUAGGUAUAUUGAUUUAAUUCAUUUUAGGAAAUUGGGUUGAAGAUUAAAAGGAAGGAUAAGGAGAAUUUCAUUAUUCAGAUGGUUCUAUUUAUGUUGGAGAAUGGAAGAAAAAUAAACAAAAUGGAUAUGGGAAAUUCACUAAUAAAAAUGGAGACGUCAUAAACGGAAUUUGGGUUGAUGGCACUAUGGCGAAAUGAAUCAAU